GCUGACGCAUAGCUCGCGUCAGAUUUACGGUAGACAGCAGCUUGGGUGAAACUGUGGCUGUGUUCAGACCGCUGUUGCUCGGACAAACCAGGAACUGGGACAAACAAAGGAGUUCUGAAGAAGCUAAAGAAGCGAACGGAGGGCUUCCUGUUGUUUUAAGAAGAGCGUUACUAUGGGUAAGAAGACACAACAUUGCCUGCUGCUUUUGCUGUGUUUGUCAGAGCUUGUUCACUAUUCAGCUGCCUUGACGGUUCGGCCUGCCGUAGUGGAAAUAAGCUAUGCUAAAAACAACAAUGAGACUGUGGACAAAUACUGUGAGUGUGGGGUGUACGGUCGUAACUCUCCCUUAGAGAAAGCCUUGGGUAUUGUCACGCUUCCCAGUGAAGACCCCAAAGGCUGUGGCUCAGAUCCUGUCUACAAUCGCAAUUCCAGCUCCCCACCAUGGAUAGCCCUGGUUAAAAGGGGCAACUGCACCUUCAGUGAGAAGAUCAAUGCUGCCAAACGUCAAGGAGCAGCUGGUGUGGUGGUGUAUAAUGUGGACGGCAGUGGCAACAGCACCACACACAUGGCACACUCAGAUGCAGCUGGUAUUGUGGCUAUCAUGAUUGGCAACGCUCAGGGCACGGAGAUUGUCAAGUUGGUGAAGAAUGGGACAGAUGUGAAGAUGAUUAUCGAAGUACGCAGCUAUCUCGAUGACCCGAUGUUCCAAUCAAACGUUCUCUACUUGGCCUUCAUCCUCAUCAUUGUGACAGGAGCCUCCAUCCCUUACUUUGCGAUUAUCUCCGUAAAUCGUCUCUACGGUCUGAGUAUGCAUAGGCGCAGUGAGAGGAGGCUGAAAUCUGAGGCUAAGAAAGCGAUUGGGCGUCUGCAAGUACGCAUACUCAAGACAGGGGAUGAGGAAACUACCUCUGAGACCCAUGUGUGUGCCAUGUGUAUCGGAUUUUACAAGGCAGGGGAAGUUGUGACGGUGCUAACAUGUGACCACAUCUUCCACAAACCCUGCAUCGAGCCAUGGCUGCUGGAGAGGAGGACCUGCCCCAUGUGUAAUUGCGACAUCCUGAAGGCCAUGGGGGUUGAGGAGGAAUCAAUAGAGAGCCUUUCUGAUGAGUCACCACCAGAGGUCACUGUGAUCACAGUGACGGGAGCAGAGCCCAUUUACGAAGUCCCACUGACUGACCCAGCGAGCCCUGACCCAGAGAGACAGCAGCAUCGCUAUGACAACAGCGCCUUCGAGGGAGACGCAGAGGCUGGGAGGAGAUGAACAACAGCAACGGGAACAAAACAGCAACAAACCAGGACACAGUCAAAGUCCCUAUAUUUUUCUGAGAUACGCUGAACCAGCACAAAGGAAUCAAACUUUAAUGUUCCAACAGGUGAAACAAUCCUCAUCU